GGCACGCAAGAAAACUUUUCACUUCUGAGGAGCCACAGAAGAAGCGUGUGUGUGUAUGUGUGUGCGUGCGUGCGUGCUGGAGCGGCGACCAUGCAGGAGGAGUCUGGAGAGACAGUAUGCAGUGAAAGGAAUGGGGAGGCAGAGUGGUUGUGCCCUCUGUGCCAAAAAGGCCAACCAGACCGAUCUUCCUUGUCGCUUCAUCUCACCGAGCAGCACAGCGUUCUUCCAUCGUGUGUCGACAGACUGCUGGACAUCGCCGUUCUGAAACAGGCCGCCAGCGCUGCAGCAGAGGAUAAAGGCGCCCCCAAACCGACAGACGCUGAUUCUUCACAAUCGAAGCACGCAGAAGACAUCAGCGCCGAGCCCUGCCAAUCUAGCGAGAGUGCAGACGCUACCCAGACGCUCGGAGACAAGAGAUGGAGGAAGAGAGAAUAA